GCUGUGCUGUGCUGGGUCUCUUCAUCCAAUCACUGCAGGCUGCUCUGUAACCCCCUCCUCUCUGUUUUCAUGCUGCAGUCUGAUAGGACAGGAGUGAGCACAGAGGAGUGCUAGUCCCGCCCUCACUUCCUGGACUUUGUCCCAGCCUGUGCUUCAGCUGGGACAAAGAUGAUGCUGCAGCCGGACAGGAUUAUGUUCUGGAUGGUAUGGGGACCCCUAGUGGUCUUUUUUUUAUAAGCCAUUAUUUCUAUAAAAAUGAGAUCACAUUUUUUUUAAUGAAGUAUAUUAGAAAGGUUAAUGUUUUGUCAAGAAAGUUUUCGAAUCUGAUAGCGCCCAUUUAACUUCUCAGGGCACGAGUGUGUGUGUGUGUGGGGUGCGGAUGUGGUCAUAAAUGGUCAGAGGGAACCGCAACCUGCUUUUCUAGACACCUAGGGAAAGAAAUUUUCUGGGGAAAAAAUAUGCAAAUUCACUGAAUUCAUGGGCUGUUUUUGCUAGUGAAUAUUCUGUGAUAGCCUGGGGGAUGUAGGGUAUGGGGAGUGUAGCUGUGCAGUAAUUAAAGGGUGCUUGUUAACCCUUACUAUUCGUGACGCCAGGGUGAGGGCUCCUCAGUAACGCUUGUCCCACCUCCACCCUUCCCAAGAGCGAUAGGGAGGUAUAGAAGAAUAGAUUGUCCACAACCGGAGAGUUUUCUGAAACAGUAUUAUCUUUUACUGAAGGUUUUCUGCAAGCUUCAAUAACAUAACAGUCUUUAAGCAUAACAACGGCUUUCCUUGGUGAUUGACAAAGGUUGGUACUUUAGCAUUUAGAGUCUUUUAGUAUUGUGCGUUGUUCCACUGGAUUUAGGGGAUUUAGUUGCGGUCCACUAGUCAGGCUAGCAUUACCGGGGAUUUAGAUUUGAAAACACGGUUUUAGUUCUGCUGAGGCCGGCAGGUUUUUGAGGUCUAGUGUGUCUUUGAAAGUUGCGCAGAUCCGUCCUGCUAGUCCGGCAUCCGGGAGAGCAGCAACCCAAGAGAGCGAUAAUUGGACGCAUCUCCCUUAUAAGGGCAGGGGCUGGACUAAUGCUUGUCCAUACUGAUGUCAAUCACCAUUACAAAGAUCUGUGGGUAACACGUGACCCAAGGACCUCCUAAGGUCCUCCAACAUACCAUAGAGGUGACUAGCUUGGUCACAUGACCGAAGGUCCUGCGACGCUAAACAAGGACGAAGAAUGCAAUAUGGAGAGACCGGAGUUAAUGACCUGUGAGCCAGUUCUAAAAUCCGGCCUGUGUACACACUGAGUGACCUUUAGCUUCGCCGCUGCUGUUUUUCCACCAUGCUCAGGAAGUUCCUGCAGACCGCUCCUGAAAAACAGCUCAGUACAUUCCAUCGGAGGAAAUAGGAGUAAAUAAAGAAAUCAUCAGUGACUGAUCGACCCGUCAUGAUUUGGCAGGCCCUAAAUCUUCCAUGGCAGAAGAUAAGAGAAUUCAAUGAGUUGUAUCUCGGUCACCUAUCAGGAAUGAAGCCAUGUGCAUCCUUAAUGAAACCCAGCAAACUCUUCAUUGUCAUCUGUGUUCUCAUCAUUCUGAUCCUGAUGUAUUAUAUCUGGUUUGUAAAACUUACUGUGAAUAUGAGAUGGGGGAUAGUAGAAGAACCUUCGGGCAAAGCGACAGAAACAUCAGUAUGUAAGCGCAUUCUAACGGAAGAUACCAUCACCAAAGUCCAGAAUAGUAAGACCUUCCUUGUAUCGGCCUACCUGGACCUCCGCGGCAGCAGGCUUGUCCGCAUUUUGGGCAUUACCUACCGAAAUGAACCAGAUUCUUUGCUGUGUGACUUUUGUUCCAUACACUAUAACUACUCAAAUUAUGCCGAGCUUCAGGUCCACGCUGACCACUUUGGUUUUCCUUAUGGUACAACGGAUCUUCUGUGCAAUAUCCAAGAUGGCAGAGACCCAGAAUACGUAUCUGUAUACCAAGCGAACGACCCUGCACACCUAUUCCUAAAAAUACAAAAUACUAAUAUAGAGACGAAUGAAUUGGAGCCUAAAUUCCAUUAUAACUUUCUUGUUUGCAUUUCAGCAAUGUUUGAUGCCUACAACAAUGUUCUCCAGUUUAUUCAGUCCAUGGAGAUGUACCGCAUGUUGGGUGCCGAAAAAGUCAUCCUUUACUACACUGAAUCUAGUCCCCUGAUGAAGGACAUUCUGUCCUAUUACAAAGACUUUGUAGAACUUAUUCCUUGGCCCAUUACCUCUUUUAUAAAUGUUUCCAGGGGCUGGCACUACCCAGAACACCCCGGAGAUCUCCAUUACUUCGGUCAGACGGCUGCUUUGAAUGACUGUGUUUAUCGCAACAUGUACAAGAGUAAAUACAUAGCUCUUAAUGACAUCGAUGAGCUGAUCGUCCCCAUAACCUACAAAGACUGGCCAGAAAUGUUAGACUCUUUUGUUAGGACUGACCCAACCACCAAUGUUUUUAUCUUCGAAAACCACCUCUUUCCAACGACUCCGCAGGAUAAGUCUAAUUUCGAAACUCCCGAAGAGUGGCUGUCAGUACCAGGAGUCAACAUCCUCAACCAUGUAUAUCGGGAACCCAACCUGCCAAGUGAAAUCAAUCCUACAAAGAUGAUCAUAAACCCCCGAAGCGUUGUGAGAGUAUCGGUCCACGUGCCACUUGAGUUUACGGGAAAUCAGUACCAAGUUCCCAGUGACUUUGCUAAACUUUGUCAUUACCGAGAACCUAAGCAAAAAGACCUAGACAGAAGUUUGCUGCAUAAAGAUAACAUCUUGUCCAGAUAUGAACCGGAACUGAUAGAAAAAGUAAACCGGGUGUUAAGUGACGUAAGGAAGUACAUAAAAAACACCCCCGAUGGUCAGGAGUGAAAAUCCUGUUGAGAACCAGAACCUUAUUUAUGGGGUGCACUCAGCAUCAUUUGUCAGAGCAGUAGCUGAAUGGGCUUGGAAAGUGACAACUAUGCUCAUCCGAAUCGGGUCUUCCCUUUGCCCGUAUAACUCAGCAGGGGGCGACAGUGAGCACAGGAGAGAACUCCUCCCUGAAUUGAGAGAAUAUGAAAUGAUUGCUUCAUCCUCAGGUAUGACGAGAGUGACAUUCAGAAAAGAAAACUUGACAAUGAUGGAGUAUUGCUUCAAAUAUGCCACCAGUACCCAGUUGGCUGGUAUCCGACCCUUGUGAUGACCAGUGAUCUCUAGAAUGGAGUGGCAGUGGUGUAUGAAAGAAUCGGAAGUAGAUAAAGCAUAUUGAAGAGCUCCAAGGACAAAACGGAUAUUGUCCUUCUUUCCUGGCGAAGAGGGGAGUCUCUGUCCUUCGGACUUGACGAAGAGGGGAGUUCAAUCUUAAAAUGCGUAGUCCGUUUAUGUAUAUGUGAAAAUGAAAGUAAUCUUUUAUUAUUUUCAUUUUCCCAUUCAAUAUAUUUUUACCCUUCGACGGUACAGCGCCAGAGAGUAUCGCUUUUGUCCCUGGAGCUCCACAAGCUGCUUUAUUUUCUUCACCUUCUCUCCCAGAGCGGAGAUUACGGCAGGAUACAGGCUGUGUCCGGGACCCACAACGCACAAAGGCGAGCACAGUAUUGACUGUAUCCCACCUAAUAUCGGUAACGCCACUUAGAACGCCCCCUCUGCCCUGAAGAAUUGGGAGAGAACCCUGUGGGCCGGACUAUCCUAUAUGUAUGGCCAACUUGGUGGUCGAGAAAAAAGCCAAGGCCAAGAUGGGGGUGAAGCUUUUUUGUUUCUUCUUUGCACUGUAGAGAUAGGAUUGUACCGUAAGCCGUCGGCUCGGCGGUAAUGAACUGUGGAUAUUGAUUAUUUAAUAACCCUGUUUCACAAGGGGAAAAAAACUCUUAAUGCAUUUGCUAAGUGCUGCCUAAGCGAACACAGAAAAUAUACACCAUAUAAAUUUCCAGUGAUGGUGUAGGCGCUACGAAAGAUUUUUAUUGAUUCUGGACUGGGACAUUUUAUGGUCUCAUCUGAUUUUAUAUUUUAUUUUGAUUUUUUUUCUUUUUUUUAAAGUUACAUAAAACCAAAGAUAUCUAUUUUUGUACCAAAGAUUCUGAUUUUGUGACGGGAGUGAAAGAGUUGAUAGAAGAUCAUUUUAUUACUUAAAGGAGUAGUCCAGUGGUGACUCAGUGGUGAACAACUUAUCCCCUACCCUAAGGAUAGGGGAUAAGUUGCAGAUCGCGGGCGGUCCGACUGCUGGGGCCCCCUGCGAUCUCCUGUACGGAGCCCCGACAGCCCGCGGAAAG